CCUCUCCAAAAUGAACCAAGUCUCAAUGCAACCACCCCCUCCUCCACCGCAACCACCCAACGCAGACCCUCGCAUCCUCCACGCCCGAGCCAUCACCGCCGCCAACAUCGACCGUUCCCUCCGCAACAACCUCAUCACUCUCUACUCCAAGUCCAAUCUCCUCUCCUACUCUCUCCGCCUCUUUCACCAAAUCUCUUCUCCCAAUGUCGUCUCAUGGACGGCCGUAAUCUCGGCCCACUGCAACACCCUCUUUGCCCUCCAACACUUUGUUUCCAUGCUCCGCCACCCCACUUUCCCUAACCAGCGCACCUUCGCUUCCCUCUUCAAAACCUGCGCUUCUCUCCCUUCUCUCUCCUUCGGCCUUGCCCUCCACUCCCUCUCUCUCAAGCUCGGCGUCUCGGCGCAGCCCUUUUCUGGGUCUGCCCUCAUUCAUUUUUACUCCAAAUGUCGCUUACCCAUUGAAGCCCGCAAGAUGCUCGAUGAAAUUCCCCACAAAGACGAGGUUUGUUAUGCAGCGGUGAUUGUUGGGUUGGCCCAGAACUCGAGACCCGUUGAGGCGUUGUCCACUUUUGCUGACAUGAAAUGUUCUGAUAUUGGGUCUACUAUGUAUAGUGUUUCCGGCGCACUUCGUGCUGCAAGGGAGCUUGCUGUGUUGGAGCAAUGUAGGAUCAUACAUUCUCAUGCUAUAGUUACGGGACUUGAUGGAAAUGUUAUUGUGGGGACGGCUUUGAUUGAUUCGUAUGGGAAAGCUGGGCUUGUGUCUGAUGCUAGACAGGUUUUUGAUGAGAACUUGUCAAGCAUGAACAUUGUGGGGUGGAAUGUGAUGCUGGCUGGAUAUGCACAACAGGGGGAUACGAAAUCGAUGCUUGAGGUUUUCAAUGCAAUGGAAGCUCGGGGUCUUGUGCCGGAUGAAUAUAGUUUUUUGGCAAUUUUAACGUCAUUUUGCAAUGCAGGUUUGGUUUCUGAGACUGAUUGGUGGCUGACCCGGAUGAAUGUAGAUUAUGGGUUGGAACCAGCAAUCGAGCAUUAUACGUGUUUGGUUGGUGCAAUGGGAAGGGCUGGUCAAUUGGAAGAGGCUGAAAGGGCUGCACUGACAAUGCCGUUGAUACCAGACGCUGCAGUGUGGCGAUCAUUGCUAUCAAGUUCAGCGUAUCAUAAAGCACCUGAUUUCGCUAGGUCCAUGGCUAAACGGUUAUUGGAAAUUGACCCACAUGAUGACUCUGCUUAUGUAAUUGCUGCAAAUGUGUUAUCAAACGCUGGAAGGUGGGAUGAAGUUGCAGAAGUGAGGAAGAUGAUGAAAGAUAGGAGGGUACAGAAGGAAGGUGGAAGGAGUUGGAUCGAGGUACGGGGGGAAGUUCAUGUCUUUUUCGCCCGGGACAGAAGGCAUGAAAGAAUGAAUGAGAUCUAUGCUAAAUUGGUAGAGUUGAUGGAGGAGAUAGGAAAAUUAGGAUAUGUGCCGGUUUGGGAUGAGAUAUUGCUUGAAGUAGGGGAAUGGGAGAAAAAGGAAGCCCUUUGGUAUCACAGUGAGAAGUUGGCAGUAGCAUUUGCAGUGGUGAGUGGCGCGGCACCACCAGGCAAGUCAAUAAGGAUUGUGAAGAAUUUGAGGAUAUGCCGGGAUUGCCAUGAGGCAUUCAAGUAUAUCUGUAGAGUAUUGGAGAGGGAGAUCAUUGUGAGAGAUGUAAACAGAUACCAUAGAUUUGUUAAUGGUAGUUGUACUUGUGGAGAUAUAUGGUAGAUUGUUUAAUAUAGUUGAACAGAAGAGGAGAAGAAGAGGAAAAAAGAAAUGGGUUUGGGUUAUUCUUUUGGAUUAUCUUAAUAGAAAGUAGAAAUAAAAUGAUUCUGAAAUUGGAUUUUCUUGUUUCUCUUUGGAAUCUUGAAGUGUACUGUGUACCUGAAGGUGAAGGCCAGGCAACAAGAAGACUAAGAUGAUCAUCAUGCCAUCAAUUAAUUUUUGUUUUUCCAGAAAAUGAUACGGUGAUAGGAAAUAAAAACAGGAGCAAAGCAGAACGACCAUCAGCUCUGAAGAAUCAUAACUUGGUUAGGAAACCUACACAAAGUGUUCCAUGCCAUAUUACUGAAAAUUCUACAAAAACCAAAAAGUCCAAGGAUGAGAAUUCUCUUAAAGAAAGGAAAGGGUCAGAGAUAACAAUUCCAAGCCAGAGACGACCCCCUAGAAAUGGUAAACCAAGCUUUACGGGAAAUUGAGUGUCUUUUAGUUGCCAUUAGUUUGGCACUCUUACUUGAAUGAAUUACUCUGAUACAUAAUGAUCUUCCUGUUUGUUCAUGAAACAGCAUGAGCUUUUUUGUAACCAGGGAUGUAACCAUUAGAUCAGUUCUCAUAAUUGAGUGAACUACUGUUUCCAAAUUAGGUCUGCCUUCUUUUAUUGCCACAUCAUGUGGUUUGUUUGUAAUUACUAAUUGCCUUUCAUAGCAAGAACCUUGUACU